GCGUCUGAUCAUGUAGCCUACAAAAGCCAAGCGUCCCAAGCACUUGUUGCAGUGGAGCUUCAGCUCACGGUCUCUCUCUCACUCCGAUCUCCGGCGAGGAUGGGCGGCGUCUUCUCGUCGAAGUCGAAGCCGGCCGCCGGCGGCGAGCCCUCCGCCGUGGUGGCCGUCCACUCCAAGGCCAAGUGGGACGAGCUGUGGGAAGCCCACAAGACCACCACCAAGCUGGUGGUGAUCGACUUCUCGGCGUCGUGGUGCGGGCCGUGCAAGAUGAUCGAGCCGGUGUUCAAGGAGAUGUCCGGCCGCUUCACCGACGUCGUCUUCCUCAAGGUCGACGUCGACGAGCUCGCGGAGGUGGCGCGGACAUGGCGGGUGGAGGCGAUGCCGACGUUCGUGCUGGCGAGGGGCGGCGAGGAGGUCGGCCGCAUCGUCGGCGCCAACAAGGACGAGCUCGAGAGGAGCAUCAACACCUUCAGGUCGGCCGCGCCGUCGGCGUCGGCGGCGACGGCGAUGGCGUGAUUGAUUUGGAGAUCUGUGUGGUUUCAAGUGUAGCUACCUCAAACAAUCGUGUCGGGGAUUUCGUGCCGGGUUUAUACCUAAUAUAAAUGGAUCUUAAGACUUGAUUAAAUAAAUAGAAUUAUGUAUUAGUGAGAUGCAUAGACAUGUUCAUAACCAUGUCUGCUUGAGUGUUGGUUAAUGAAGUGAUGGCUAGUAGUUUAAUUAGAUCCGGGUUUGCCUAAUAUUUUAGCCUAUUUGUAUUUGUACGUAUGCAUGGCUUGAUCAUCUUUGAGCUUUA